AUGGAGACCUGGUUUUGGAUUCUUGGAUUGGUUCUUUCGUUUCUUGCCAUCACUGGAAAUGGAUUUGUGAUCUUCCUCGUCUGCAGCAGACGAUAUCUCCACACCAAAACCAACUCGUUUAUUGUUUCACUUGCAGUAGCGGAUUUCUGUGUUGGUUUGAGCAUUAUUCCUUCUUUGUUUGUAUGCGACGUUACAAAAACCUGUGACUGGCCUCAGGCUUUUCCUUCAUGGAAAGAUGUCGUAAGGUGGCUGUUUAGCUACUUGUCUGUUUUAAAUUUGUGUUCUCUGGUGCUCGACCGUUAUAUCGCCAUCUUAAAGCCUUUUAAAUACAUAACUUUCAUGACUCGAUCUCGUGUUAUUCAAGUGAUAACUUCCUGUUGGAUAGCGUCAUUUACGCUGGUUGCGCUCAAGACCGCACUUCGGCUUUGCUGUGAGACCCCUCUGACCAGUAUCGUUGCAGUUGUGGUUUUAAUGAUUUCCAUGGAAAUCUUUCCAUGCGUUCUGCAGAUACUCUGUUUUGUGUCAAUGUUAAUUCACGUAUGGAAACAAGAUCGGUCAGCACGCACCCUAGGACGGAUAUCUUUUAAAACCCGUAACGAGAAGUCUGCAGUAAUAAUGAUGGGUAUUGUGAUAGGAGUGUUUGUUGCGUGCUACGGAAUAUAUUUACGUUGUAGUCUCGUAGUACUAUCCGACACAAAUGCAUCAUGUAAAGAUGAACAAUACAAAGUUCCUGUAUUGGUUUUAAACUCGGCCAUUAACCCACUGUCUUAUGCUUUUUUCAAAAGAGACAUAAAGAAAGAGUUUAAAAGGCUUAUCAGUCAGGUGGUUUAAUUUAGGCGGUAAGGUAACCGUGUAGAGCCUUCUACUUGAUCAUUUUUGAAGGACAUAGAUCUUAAUAUUAGUUGGAAGAACUGCCCUUGAUAGCAGAUUGUGUCAGGCAUCGCAGGCGGCAGUUUUGUGGCCGGCAAUUCCCUGGCGAUUUGUCUCAAAUCAUAGUUUGGAAGCACUGGUGUUUAAGGAGGGUACAAGAACCAAAGGACGAUGAGAAUACAAUCCAAUAGGGACCUUACUAUCCGAAAACAGAGACGCCAAUGAAUACGUCGCUGAAAAAUAGACUUCGCGUCCAAUGAAACUUUUUUCUCGGUCAUACCAAGUCGCCCAGUGAAUUGAAAGUACGUUGACAUGUGUUAGGUUGGAACUGAAUAGCGGAGGCUGUAGUGUAUUAAAACAGAGAGAGAAGUAGUAAAUAAAUUUAUCGCCUUGUCGUUCCAGUUCUUAAGCCCGUCAACUAAAAAAAAAAAUAACUAUUCCACGUUGUAGUUGUGUAGGGACAACGAAGAAAUGUAAAGAAAAGCGUGAUGCACGUGCCGCCAGAGUUGUCGUUUUGCUCACUCAAGCCUCUUCUAUUAGGCGUUCUCCUUGCCGUCGCCGUCGUAGUUUCGGAAGGUCCCUACAUAUCUCAGAUGCUCUUGAAACGGCGAUUCCGAGGUAUGGACGAAAUUUCUAAUUGAAACUUUUUGUUUCAAACCAAAUUAAAGUGUUUCUUUUUCCUUACUUCAUUUUCCACAUUAAUUAUUGUAUUCAACUCUUUUAAGUAGUUUCCUAGAAUUUAAAGAAGCAUGAAGUAUUAAACGUUUUUGUUUUUGUACCACAAAAGAAUUGUAUUAUUUUUUACUUUCCCUGAAAACUGAUAGUUAAUUAACCUCAGUCCAUGCCAGGUGUGAAUGAAAUAUUAAAAACUUUAAAGCGCGAUCUGUAUGAUCCAUACAGGCAACAUGGAUAAUUUUUUUCAGAUUCCCACUGCUCCCUUAUGGUGCGGCGAAAAGCCAUCUUUUUCUUCAAACAAGUUUUAACGUAGUUUUGCCUUAAGUUUAGAGAACGUCUGUGGACGAUUUUGUAAUAAUUUGUAAUAUGCGUCUUGAUUUGCAGUACGUAGUAGCUGUUCUAAUUUGCAUUCGGAAGGAUCCUCAAUUACUUUCCUGUCAUGUUCAGGGCGUCUCCGUACCAAUGAAAAUAAAGCUAAAUAAGUUGACUGAAAACAGGUAUUGCAAAAACGAAACAUAAAUUCAAAUAAACUAUUGCAAAGCGAUUUAUUUCUGCGUCCCACAUGAUGAAAAAGUGACGCUAAAGUUAUUGCCGUCUGAAUAACACCCUCCGAGUUCUGCUUAAUUCCUCAUACCCCACGAAAUCCGAAUUCAUUAAUUGCUUUAUUAUUCAUUCAAAAUAAUUCCUAGUUUAAAAACAUAGCUAAAACAUGCUUACCUGCAUCGAUGUUAAGUUUAUCUUCGAUAGUGUGCGUUCAGGUUUGUCCAGCUCCGCGAAUAUUCUCCAAAUAGCAGCCAGUGUCGCCCUCCGAGUUGCCUUCUUGCUGUUUUUGCUAUGUUUUAGCCAUUAUUUCGCCUAGUUCCAGCUGUAGUUCUUACUCUUGGAAAAAGUGAAGUGUCCGCCAUUUUAGUUUUCACAACGAAAACAACUCAACCUCGUCCCCAGGUCUUCUCAG